GAACCCUCGAAAGUUGAAGACCAAGAUCAACAACAUGCCCGAGAAGGUGGUGAGGAAGAGACCCCGGCUGUCACCGAUGAAUGUGUUGAGCCUGAUGACUGUGAACUGGAAGGUGAUACUGAGCGAGCUGAUCAUGAUGAAGAGAUGGAGCCAAAUGAACGGACUGAGUCAG